AUGCAUUUUUACGAUAGUUCACAGAUCCCAUUGUCUACUAAUAAACGCAUUAUUAUCCCACAAGAUAUUGGAAACCUUGCCAAGAAUAACGGAAUUUGUGUUGAAUGUAAAAAUCCAAACACAGGUUUUACAUGGUGUAAUAAUUGUGAUGCCAAAACUGCAGAAGAGAAGCUUGUUUCAAGUGGAAAUGAUAUCAUUGAUAAUUUUAUAAAAAAUCAUGUGAAAAAGGCCAAUGACUAUGAAGAGUAUUGGGAAUGGAUUCCGUCUGAGCGCAUUGAAGAUAUUGGAAUCAUAAAUAAUAUAUUUAUGGGUACAUGGUUAGCUGGAGAAAAAAUUUUAAUUGAUCAAAAUGAUGCGUUCACAAAAGCUCGGACAGCUGUUGAUUAUUUUUGUAGAAUAGUUCCUGGAUCAGAAAAUUAUUUUCCUAGAACUUGCAUGAUUUCUCUUCCUAACUUUAAAAGACUUAUUGAUUUACAAGUUGAAACUCAAAAUGAGUUGAUCAAACAUAUCUCAAAAUCUGGUUCCUUCUCUAACGAACCUCUAGCGAAACAAAUAAAAGAAAUGGCAUUCAAAGAUCUUUUAAGAGUUGUGGAAUAUUCAAAUUUGGACUCUGCACCGAUAUUAACAGUUUAUUUGAAAAAAUUUAUUGAUUGGGAUCAUAAAAUAAACAAGAAUCUACGAGAGCUGCAAAUCCAAUCACAAGCCUCUUUAUCAAUGCUUUAUAUAAGAUACUCAUUAACAAAAUUAGAAGAUAUGAGGGAUGAAACAUUGACGCCACGUCACCUAAAAGUUAUAGAUAGAAUUUUUCGUCGACUUAUAGUUGCUACUGAUAACCAUCUUAAAAAAUUGAUUACAUCAACUAAUGAUAUUUUACUUGGAGUAUUGAAUUCGCAAGCUAUUCAAUCAGAAAUUGCUAACAUUGUUGAAAAAGAAAAGGAUAUAAUUGUAAAAGAUCACAACAAGGUGAUUUCCGAAUUGUGGUCAAUUUUUGAUGGUCAAAUCAAUACAAUUAUUUUUGACAGAAACUUGAAACUUCUUGAAGAAUUUGACGAUAGAAAAAAAUUGAUGGUUGAUUCAAUCAUGAACAUUAAACAUCAGUUAAAGUUAUUUGAAACGCAAUUAAACGUUUUAAGCAGUGGAAUAGACAAGCCACUCCUCGUAGAUAUUCCAUUUGAAUUGCAUUUGGCAAGUAUGAAAAAUGCAUUGUUACUAUUAAGUAAUUGGAAAAAGUGA